CCGGGAAGCAGCCUGUGCUCGGGAGCCGGGCUGGGCAGCAGGUUGUCCCGGGUGGGGAGGCAUGGAUUUCCUCCUGGGCGGCCUGGCCGCCUGCGGUGCUUGCAUCUUCACCAACCCCUUGGAGGUGGUGAAGACCAGGAUGCAGUUGCAAGGGGAGCUGAAGGGGCGAGGCUCCUACACGGUGCACUACCGCAACGUCUUCCACGCCACCUACACCAUCUGGAAGACGGACGGCUUGCUCGCCUUGCAGAAGGGGCUAAUGCCCGGUCUCCUCUACCAGUUCUGCAUGAACGGCGUGCGCCUGGGCUCCUAUGCAAUGAUAGAGUCUGCAGGCUACACCCAGACGGGCGGCCGGGUCAGCGCGGUCAAGAGCACGGUGGCCGGAGCGCUGGCCGGAGUAUUGGGACCACUUAUGGCAAGUCCCGUCUACAUGGUCAAGACACAUCUUCAGGCUCAGUCUACCUCCAGCAUAGCAGUGGGGCAUCAGUACAAACACCAGGGAAUGCUGGACGCUUUGGUGACCAUUUAUCAGCGCCACGGGAUUAUCGGACUGUGGCGUGGAUCGAGUUCAGCCGUGCCCAGGGUAAUGGUGGGCUCUGCUGUCCAACUCUCCACGUUCUCGAAAACCAAACAGGUCACCAGAGACCUGCAGCUCAUCAAGCCGGCCAGCCCGCUGGAGCCCCUCGUGGCCGGGAUGGUCAGCAGCCUGUUCGCUGUGCUCGCCAUCACCCCCUUCGACGUGGUCAGCACUCGCCUCUACAACCAGCCCGUGGACCAGCGGGGGAAGGGCCUGUUCUACACCGGAAACCUGGACUGCUUCGCCAAGACGGUGAGAAAGGAAGGCUUCGCUGGCCUCUACAAGGGAACGGGGGCCUCCUAUUUUAGGCUGGGCCCACACACCGUCCUCAGCCUCUUCUUCUGGGACGAGCUGCGCAAGCUUUACUGGAAGCGGUGACGUUGCCCUCCGAUCCCCUUUCCUGCAGCCCCCACAGAGGGGCAAAACCCCCGCCGGGAGGGUGCGGUGGAUCAACGAGGCAAGCCUGGCGGGAGAGGGGCUUGUUAAAAACAGGUGAAAGGUCUUCGGUCUUGCUGACAGAGGGACCUGCUUCUCCGGCGGUGGUAGUGGGCUUUGGAGGAUGGACAUUGGUGUUUAUUUCACAAGGACGCUUAUGACCUUUGAUCUGCGCUGUGUAUGGGACGUCCCUUCUCAACUGGAAUGGUUGUUGGACUCGUGCCUUAGACCUGGGAGUUUGGCACUGGAGGGGUGGAAGAGUUGAUGUAUUGGAAGGCCGA